AAUAAUAAUAAUAAUAAUAAUAGUAAUAAUAAUAAUAAUAAUAAUAAUAAUAAUAAUAAUAAUAAUAGUAAUAAUAAUAAUAAUAAUAAUAAUAAUAAUAAUAAUAAUAAUAAUAAUAAUAAUAACGAAUUUGAAGAAAAUGUUAGAAAUGAUGAAGAUCCAAUUCUCAAUAAACGACAAUUAUUAGAUAAAAUGGUUGAAGAUUUAGAUAGAUAUAUGAUUGAUGAAAAGACGGAAGAUUUAGAUGACAGUAGUGAUGGAGAAGACAAUGAUACAGGACGCGACCGUGAUGGAUUAAUGCCAUCUUAUAUCAUCGAAGACAAUUUAGAUUUUAAAAACUACUCGCAUAUAAAGAAACCAGAUGGCACAGAUUACAAUUCAAUCGAGGAAAUAAUAAACUAUUUAAUUUAUGAAAAAAAGGCACUAGAAAUAUCAUCUCAGCCAUCAAAUGAAUCAAUUAAAAAUAAAUCAGAAUUUUCUGAACAUUUAGAAAACGAACUAAAAUCUCUACCUUCUGCUGUUGUAAAUACAUAUUAUGAACAGGCAAAUAAUUUAGUCGAAUUACAUCAGUAUAUUAAAACCAAUAAAGAUAUUUUAAAUAGAGUUGGGGAAUCAUUUGAUUCAUCAAUUGAAGAGUUAUCAGAUUUGAUUAAAGAUAUGCCAGAUAAUCAUGUUGCAUCACUUCAAAUUUCAAAGUCAUUGGAAAAUAGAAUCGAUACCAGAGAAGAAAUUUUUAAAUUGGAUGUUAAUGAAGAAUAUAUUAAAAAUAUUAAAGAGUUACAGGAUAGAAUAAAAAAUUUAGACUCAUUGAUGCAAACCAAGGCUAAAUUUAUUGAAGAUAUUGCAUAUGAAAUCGAUUUAUUAAAAAAGAAAGCAAGUAGAUCAGUUAGGGAUUUUCUAUUAAAAUUAAUUAUUGGAUUAAGAAAACCAAGAACCAAUAUCCAAAUUUUACAACAAUCAAAGCUAUUUAAAUAUUCACCAUUAAAUCAAUUCAUAUAUCACAAUUCACCAUCAUCUGCAGUUGAAAUUAAAAAUCUAUACAUUGAGACCGUUUCUAGAACAUUUCAUAAUUACUUUAAAAAUUACUUAACAAAUUUAACUAAAGUAUUUCAUCAAGUUACAUUAAAAAGUGAUGUUAUUGGUUAUUUAGAACAAGUUAAGGGUUAUUUUGGUGCAUCAACUAAAUCAGUAGAGUUAAAUAAAGCAUCAGCAUUUAAUUUAUAUAUUUCAGGGUUACCAAGCGAUAUUUGGACAAGUAUAAAGAGUGAGGUUAUAACACAAAUACCAGAUAAACUAAGCAGAAUUGAUAUUUUGGAAAGAUGUUUAGAUGCCCCAUUAAUUAUACCACAUGCAGCAAUCAGAAACAAUAAAAAGUAUCCAUUCGAACAAAUAUAUAGAUCAAUGAAUAUUUUAUUAUUGGAUACAAUUUGCUCAGAAUAUUUAUUUAAUAGACAAUGGUUCGCUAAACCUUUGUUGGCCAACUCACCGGAUGCUUUAAUUCCAUCAAUUUUUGACAAAAUAUUCCAAUUGUUUUUAGAUAAUUUAAAUUCAUUCGUCUCUUUUACUUUUGACUGCUUGGCUCUUUUAUUAUGUUUGCAAAUUAAUAAAAUUUUAAUUCAAUUAUUACAAGAUAGAAAGCUAUGGGACCGUAUCUCUUGUGUAAGGUUGUAUUUUCAAAAAAUCGAUGUUUUAAUCUGGGACCGUUUUAGCGAGGCUUUUAAAAGAAAUAUAGAUUCUUUAAAAAAUGCCUUAAACUCAAAAGAGAAUUAUCCAACCGAUUUAAGACCACACAUUUAUACCAGAAGAUUUUCAGAAUUUUAUUCAAGUUUAUGCAUAAUUUUAUCAACCUUUGAUGAGCCAAGAGUUACUGCUUGGAUGGCAGUAUUACGAUCAUCCAUGGAGAGAUUACUUACACACUAUUCAAAUAAUUGCUUCAAUAAUGAUACGAAAUUAAAGUCAAUAUUUUUAAUUAAUAAUUACGAUAUUAUUAUAACCGUAUUUAGUGAAAAUAAUAUCAGCCAAAAUGAAGAAGGGUUUUUAAAGUUUUCAACAUUAUUACAAGAACAAAUUAAUAUUUUCGUUGAAUUGUUGCUUUAUAGCUACUAUAAAAAUUUAAUAUUGUUUAUCAAAGAUACAGAGUUUAGCAUUUCAAAUACAGCAAAUUAUCAAAUUGACAGAAAUCAACUAUUGGCAUUAAUCAAUGAAUUCUCCCAAAAGUGGAAAGAAAUUUUACAAAAGAUUCAAACUGAAAUAAUGUUAAAUUUUUCAAAUUUCAAUUUAGGUUCAACCAUUACAAAACAAAUUAUAUCUCAAUAUUUAAUUUAUUAUAAACGUUUUGAAGAAAUUUAUAAGAAAUAUAUUAAACAAUCCUCUUCAACUCCAGAGUUAAUCAACCAGCAACAACAAUUAAGAUCUUCUUUUAUACCAGUUUCAACCAUUACUUUUGAAAUUGGUAAAAGUUAUAAUAAUAAUAAAGAUUUAAUUUAGGAUUUCAAUUUGUUUUAUAUUAACAG